UCAAUUCGAAACCAGCUCCGAUAAGAAAGAUUCACAAAAAAAGUUAUUGUAGAAGCAUAAACAUUAUGGAGGCUGCGGUCUUAGGGAUGAUACAAGAUCUCGAGAGUAUGCAUGCUAUACAUACAGAUUCCUGUACGCGUUGGAUGAUCGAGAAAAAAUUUAAAAUACCUAAAGAGAUGUUGGAUUUCAUGAGAAACUUGAAAAUGGAAGAGAGGAGCAGACUAAAAUAUUUAAUGGCUGACUUGGUCGAGUUGGCUCAAGAUGUCAUCGACGUGAGCUAUGAUAUUUCCAUUUUGAUUAUCGAAUUGGAGAAACUCGAAAAGGAGAUCAAGAUGACAAAGAUGCGGAUGACAAAGUUUGGUGCUGAUGAGAAAAAUAUUGGAGUCGAAAAAGAAGAAGAAGUAGAAGAAGAAGUUGUGGUGGGGUUGGAGGAAAAGGUUGAGAAGUUUGUUAAGAAAGCGAUUUUAAAAAAUUCUUAUGACUCACAGAUUAUGUGUAUAAAAGGCAUGAUUGGUAUCGGGAAGACAACUCUGGCCAGACAAGUGUACAAGGCCUGCGCUAGCCAGUUCGAGCGUCAUGCUUGGGUAUCCAUUUCUAGUGACACGAGUAAGAAAGAGAUACUAAUGACACUGAUUCAGCAAAUGGUGGAAGGAUAUGAAAGAGAUCCGUCAUUGGAAGAAAUGGUCAACCGAAGUCUCCAACGGAUGCUUCACAAGCACCUGCAAGACAUAUCAUAUUUCAUAGUUUUGGACAAUAUGCCGAAUGAAAUGGGAUUGAAGUCCAUCUUGCGAGGUCUUCCAUCUCUAGGCCUAUCUGAAACCAGGUGUCUGUUGCUGUUAACAAGUCGCUAUAAGAUUAGAACAAUCGAUGUCCAUUAUUAUACUUAUGAGAUGAAAGUUUUGGAUUCUGAUAAGAGUUGGAAAUUGUUUUUGAAAACAGUUGAUAAAAUUACAAGUGUUGAGAACAGAUUCUCAAAGAAUUUGGAGAAGAAGGGCAGAGAGAUGUUGAAAAAAUGUUGGGGUUUGCCGAUAGCUAUAAAACAUGUUGCAAGGCAGAAAGCAAAACAAAGACUUUUGGGGAUGGCAUGGGAAGAACUUUUUGAUUCAAUUGAUUUGAGUGAAUCACUGAAGUUAUUGGAACCAAUGUAUUUCGAAUUGGAGGAAGAAUUCAAGCCACAUUUCUCGCUUCUUUCCUUUUUCAAGGAGAAUGCAAUAAUGAGAGAGGAAAAGUUGGAACAAAUUUGGGCUGCAAAUGGAUUAGAUUUUGAAAAAGGCAUAAAGGAUUUAGCUCAUAGGUCGAUUAUUGAAGUCUUUGGGCAAGGCUACCACAUGAGAAAGAGAAAGUGUCACCUCAAUCCUCUACUACACAUUAUAUCAAUCAGAAAAGCAGAGGAAGAAAUGGGCUUAGAGAUCUUAAGGAGCAAUGGAAAUAGUAGACCUUCUCAGAGUGCCCGUCAUCGUAUUAUCCAUUGUGGACGUGAGAAGUUUAAUUAUUUCACGAAUCAAGAUAGUGAACAACUUCUUUCUCUCAUCUUCCAUGGAGGUGGUGGCUACUUAGACAAUGCUAGCUCGUCUUAUUGGGAGAGUUUUGAACGAGUCAAAAUACUUGACAUGGAAGAUUUUGGGGUGAAGACUUUAUCAGAUUCAAUCGGCACAUUGAUUGAGUUAAGUUACUUGGGAUUGAGAAAUAAUUACUUACAAGAGAUCCCACACUCGUUGGGGGGCUUGAAAAAGCUUGAGGCUCUUGACAUAGCUCAUAACUUUAUGGUGGAGGUCCCGGACAUUAUAUGGGAAAUGGACAGCCUUUGUCAUCUCCACAUGUCUAAUGUGAUUUUCCAGAAGCCCUUGAAAGUUGCUGCGCUGCGGAAACUGGACACCCUAGCAUACAUCUCGAUGUAUGAUCUCCACAUGUCUAAUGUGAUUUGUCUCCAAAAGUUGGGCAUUGAAGAAGUUGAUGAAAACUCAGCUUUAGGCACACUCUUGGCAGUGCUAGCUAUGGAUAUGUUCCUUACGGUGUUUUACGUAAGAGGGUUUCGUUUUAGAAGCAUGCCGUGUUUGGACGGAAUUUGUUCUAUAGCACACCUCCAAGAACUAAAACUAGAUGGAAACAUAGGUAAGCUACCAAGUGCAGAUUAUAUGCCUCCGAGUAUUAGGUACAUAACAUUGGUAAAUACUUGUCUUGCCGAAGACCCCAUGCCAAUAUUAGAGAAGCUCCGAUACCUAACCCAACUCAAACUGCAAAAUGCAUACACUGGUCGAGAAAUGGUGAUCCAGCGCAAUGGAUUUCGAAAUCUUGAAGUGUUUUGCAUCAAAGAUUUGUGGAAUCUUAGAAAGAUACAAGUUGAUGAUAAAGCAAUGCGGCAUGUUGAGGAAAUAGAAAUCAGUAACUGUCCAAAGCUGGAGACACUCCCGGUAGAGAUUCAGAAGAUGUCUAAACUGCAAAAGUUUAAAAUGGUAACAACCAAAAGAAUUGCAACAAAGAUCAGAAAUUCAGGUUUGACCUCCGAAAUUUUUGAGGUGGAUAUCUAUCCAUAGUUUGAAAUUGUAGAAGGUGCAAUGUAGACCGAUACGUGUACCUCGACGAGUGGCUGAACUCACCAGCUCGGUCAUUUCUUCACCACCGCUGUUGCUCCCGAGGGCCAUCACCAGACCUUGUUGCAAACUUGAUCAACCACGGUACCUUUAUGAUUUUGUCCUUUAUUUUUGGUAUCUAAUUAAUUUGAAUGUAUCGUGUCGAACAUAAUAAUAAGCUCAAUUAUGUAUUUUCUUUGUCGGUUC